UGGGGAAAACGGAAACCUUUCCGCCGAUGUAUUCCUAAGAAAAGAUAAAAUAAAAAUUUAAUUUAAUGCUAUAAUAAUUGCUGAAUGAUUAGUUCUACAAAAUGUAGGAGUAUAUCGUAACAAUUUUAAAAUAUAUUUCAAAUCCAUUUACGUGAACAAACGUGAAAUGUAAUAUGCAAAAAAAUGAUGUGUCUAUCGGCAACGCUAAUAAAUAUGUGGAUAAGGCUUUAAAAAAAUUACGGAGAGAAUUUGAACCAUUUAAAAUACCAGAUGUUGAAGAAAAGAAUUUUGAAAUUCACAAGGGUAGGGUGACAGGGCUUUCAAGUUUAUACAGGCACGGUGAUUGCACUCUCGAUUAUGAAGAUGGAGGAAUACUCAUGACUAUUGAAGUUGCUGUACGCAAUGUUGCCAUCAACGUUCAAUAUGCGAAAAAAAUUCUUUUCUUUUGGAUAAAAGGUCACGCAAUGAUUUCUGUAGACAAUUGUGCUGUGAAAAUGAAAAUAUCUACCAAGAACAGUGAAUCAAGCUGUCAAGUUAUUAAUUUAGGAAAAUAUGAGCUAAAAAGACUCACAGGCAUGAGUGUUCUGCUGAACUGGUUGGUUAAACUUGUGGUCAAUGUCGUAGCCAGAAACUCGCGAAAAAUAAUUAUAAGGGCUUUAGAGCAAUUUUUUUCAUGAAACUUCCGUGUGAAAUAUUUCUUCUAUUAAAUAAUUACAUCACGAAUUUAAAGUAAUUUUUACUAUAAGAGCAGCUGUGCAAAGUUUGUGCUGAACACACGAGUAAUACUAGUACAAAGUACACACUAAUGCAAAGCUUGUGAUAUUAGCAGAAAGAGCUCUUGUAACUUUUUUUUACAGAAUCAUAUAUUUAUUUGAUUGUUGCCACCAUUUGAUACAUUUUCACCCUGCUUGUUAAAUGUUAAAAUAAUGUUUAUAAGUAUCAAACAAAUUUCUUAUUAAACCCUAAAGAGUUUA